AUGGUGCGGUCUUGCUCGGGCCUGCUCCGCUCCCAAUCUGCUACGCUGUUUGAACAGGCUGUGAGGGUUCACCGUGAAGGAGGUCAGUGUCCGGAGAACAUAUAUGGUGGACGUCAAACUUUUCAACUGGAACCACAGCUGGUGGACACAAAUCUUCCUCAAUACAUGAUGCUUCAACCUGAUCUUGAAGCUGAGAUUAAAAAUCAUAAAUUUCCUGGAGACCCUAAAGAUCGUAUUCGUAUGGUUCAGGCAGUGAACUCUGACUAUAUAAAUUCGGGAUAUGACAAAGGGCACCUGAAUCCAUGUGCCGACCACCCACCUGGAGAAGGGCAGACAGCCACUUUCACUUUCACCAAUGUGGCUCCAAUGGCAUUGUCACUGAAUAGAGUAGCUUGGAGAAUCAAUGAGAUGAACGUGAGGAAUAUUGCUCCCCAAUGCAAGAUCAUGUAUGUCAUCACAGGAGUGAUACCUGGAGACGAUUGGAUUAUUGUUAAAAAACAGAAAAGAAUUAACAUUCCCAGCUACAUUUGGAGUGCAUUUUGCUGCUUAGACAACAAUGAUAAACCAUUCAAAGCACAGGGUUUCAUGGCAAAAAAUGAAAAUAAUUUGAAGGUCAAUCCACACUCUAUUUCUGAUCUGCAAAGUAUACUUGUUGCACAAUAUAAAAUACAAAAUAUUAUCUUGUUCCAGAACAACUGCAAAUAA